CCAAACAAAACGCAUGACAGAACGGUUCUUUGAAUUCACAGCCUUUUGGUCUAAAGCAAACAUACAGUUGGUUGCAUACAGGCUAUCUCUCGAAACUCAUUCCGUACUUUAACAAGUUAGGGACAGAACGUCUAUUUUUAACAAGUUUAGCACGGCUUUAGCGCAAACCCAAAGGCCCGAAUAUUUAACUGCCAGGACAGAUAGCAUAGGCUGUAAAGCCCUCCUAAUGGAUAUUUCUGGAGCUUUUACACGGUUUACCUGAUCUGGAACAACAUGAGGGGGAUACACACUCUCAAAAAUCAGGCAGUCAGUCGCCAUCAGACUUUUUUCGUUUCGACAUACCGCCAAGAAUGAUAAAGGAUUCGUUAUGGACAGCGGACACGAGUGACAUGGAUGCAAUUCUACCGUUCUGUACGCGCGUUUUUUCAAACUCACCGGGAACGUCCACCCCCUCACGACAUAUUCCAGACCCCAACAGGCAACGCACAACUGUGGCCCAAGUACAUUGCUCAGAUUCAACCCCACCCGAAAAGUACGGCUGGGCCGGGAACUUGAGGCUUCGCGAGCAGGCGCUCCAAGGACUUGGUAUGAGACCAUUAUACGUUUAUGUUAUGUGUUAUACGUCUUUUUAUUAGUUAUACCUCUUUUGAUAGAAUAUGUUAAAACAAGGACAAAUAAUGUUUUUUCAGACUGCCCGGAGACAGACCCUGCAGAAUCGGGAACGCUAGCUGAAAAAAGCCCAGAGCCCUCGGUAUCAGCAAUUCGUCAGAACAAGCGCCAAAAAAGCCUAGACUCAGCCCCGGCGAAAAACGGCACAGACGGACACAUACACCUAGAGCUGGGGGAUUCCGGCGCCCCGAACAUUCCCGAUGAAACAACCGAUAGACCUGUUUUUAAUGACAUUUCAGAUGUUGACGACCAGCUUUUCUGUGAUGCGGCCAACCUUAUCGACCCCGUCAAUUCUACGGCAUCAGUACCUGCAGUAGAACAAGAAAGGUUUUUCACAUUAUUUUCCAGGGCUUUGAAAUCAAGGAAUGUUUUGCUAUACAAACGAGUGGGUGAUUUAAUUGAGAGACAGUACAGAGACGAUAUGUUAUUCUGGCAUAGAACAAUUCCCCGCAUGUUAAACAGCAAACCCAUUAAAAAACGCAAAUACAGACGCUAAAAUCAUACAUGUAACCACCAAUCAUUCCCGAAAGACCCAAAAACGCACAUCCUUAAUUAUCCAAAUGGCCGAACUACAGAAACAAGGUGAGACAGUUGAAAGCCUCUUAGCGCAGAUCCCGCCAGAACUCUUAGAAGUUAUUACACGUAUGAACGAGUCUGGGGUGUGCGAUGAAAGCAUAUUAUCCCAGAUUCCAGCCGAACUCCUAGAAAUGAUUAAUCGCAUGAACGAGUCAGGGGGGCCCGAUGAAAACCUGUUAUCACAGAUUCCCGAAGCCCUCAUAACCUUAAUUAAUCGUCUGAACGAGAGUCAGACAUUUUCGGCCCCGGCAACCCCAACAGAGAUAGACCAACCAAUAUCGCCCAGGUCCGUAGAGUCUGAAACGCCACAAGAUGUUUUUGGGGAAUUGGAAAAUUGUCUAAUACAUCUGGCGGGAGAUGGUCUUGAUAGACGUGUCCGGGUUGUGUACCGGAAUAAAUUCAACAAUACAGAGAUUCGACAGUUUUUCAAUUUCCUAUGGGUGAAUCAGAAUCUUGACUAUGCGUUGUUUUACAUGAUGAUAACGGACACUCUGAACGAUCUGUUAGAGACGGCUAGAGAUUAUGGCGAACCACGGGAUGUUCUACAGUUGGAACUUUGUGGAGAUAGCCUGCAUAACACAGUAUCUCUUAUUUUACCCAAUGGCGAAGCAGAUCUUGAACAAUUUACCGCGCUGCUAGAACGACUUGUUCAGUCAAAUUUAGCCAUCAUAGCCGAUCGAACCCUCGAGCUUGUAGUUCAAAUAAUACGUCAACCCCAGGGGGGUGGUGGGCAGAGAAGGAAGCUUGAUAGCCUAAUGCAAUCGGAAAUCCUAAGCAAUAAAAGGGCCUACCUCAUAAACGUUCACAAUCCCGAUAAUAAGCUAUGUUUUGCAAUAGGCCUAGCGCAUUUACUUAACCCAGGAUGUACUGAUCUGACGGCAUUGCAAAAGGCUAGAGAGAUCCAAACGGGGGUGGGUCUCGGUAUACACGAGGGGGUUGCUUUUUCCGACAUAUUCAAAUUUGAAAACCUUCUGAAUAUCAAGAUUGUGGUUUUGUACCACAGUAGAGCUAAUGCAUCUCUCUUGAAGUUCCAAAACACCCCCCAACCGCACCCGCAGAUUCUGUAUUUUUAUGUGCAAAACGAACAUUACUACGCCAUUACCAACAUCACGGCGUUCCUCGGGACCCCCUAUGUGUGUCCAUCAUGCCAUACCGGCUACACCCGAAAGGGGGGGCACUCGUGCCGUUAUAACUGUUCUGUAUGUCAAGAUGCAGAGUGCCCAAUGCAACCCUUAAACUUGACACCCUGUGCUGAUUGCCACCGCACAUGUCGUUCGACCUACUGUUACGCUAAACACAAAAUUGAAACAUGGCACCCUAAGGCCUGUAAAUCUGUAAGCAUUUGUGCCAUUAACAAGAAAUGCCCAAAAUGUCAUUGCAAUUACAACCUUAAAAUAGAUAGCCCUAAACCACAUGUGUGUGGAAUCAUUCAUUGUCCAAUCUGUAAAGGGCCUUUGAAAAGCAGAGACGCUGAAGUGGUUCAAGAAGUGCCACACGAGUGUUAUAUUCAACCCUUGGCUGAAGAUGAACAUUCAGAGAAAUAUGUGUUCUAUGAUUUUGAGACAAAUCAGCAAUCGGGGGAUCAUUUGCCUAUUUUUGUAUCUACCAUGACAUUCAAGGGGGAAAAGUGGUCUGCAGAAGGAUCCAAUUGUGCACUACUCUUUCUAAAACAUUUUAGAAAGCCACAGUACAGAAACUUCACGUUUAUAGCCCACAAUGCUAGAGCCUACGAUUCUUACCUGCUUCUGAAUCCCUUGAUACAGCAAGGCGUGGCACCCUGGGUCAUAGCUCAAGGUAGUAAAAUCUUGUGUUUUGUAGACCCAGCCUUCAACCAGAGAUACAUUGACAGUCUAAGCUUCUUACCCAUGCGAUUGGCUCAAAUGCCAGAGGCCUUGGGUUUUGAAAACUCUGUGAAAGGUUGGUUCCCCCACUUCUUCACAUCUGAUGAGAAUCUACAUUAUGUCGGAGCAUAUCCCAGCCCUGAAAUGUACGGGUGUGAUCAAAUGUCUCCCAAAGAGCGUGAGAGAUUCAUGACGUGGUACGAGACAGUAAGACAUGGCACCUUUGAUUUCCAUAAAGAGAUGGAAUCAUACUGUGACAAUGAUGUGGUUAUACUUCGUGAAGGAUGCCUCAGAUUCAGAGAAGAGGUAAUCAAAGAUGCAGGUAUUGACCCCUGGAGUUGUACAACUAUUGCAUCGGCAUGCAUGAAAACCUAUCGUACACACUAUUUGCCGCCCGCUUCAAUAGCCAUUCCCUCGCCUGACAACUACCGACGCCAAUUCAAGUCAUACUCUAGUGGGUCCAUUCAAUGGUUAGAGUAUAUGGCCCAGGAUAAAGACAUUUUUAUUCAACAUGCUUUGAAUCUAGGGGAGAAGGCAUUUGGCUCUUACCAUGUAGAUGGCUACACACAGAUUGACGGGGUUGAGACCGCGUAUGAGUACAACGGUUGUUUCUUCCAUGGUUGCAAAUCUUGCUUUGUGCCCCAGACCCUGUGUGUCCUAACCCAAAAGACUUUUGGGGAAAUGUACCAAGAGUUUCAAGACAAAGUUGAUUCUUUACAGGCUACUUACGGUCUAAAAGUGGUUGUUUUGUGGGAGCACGAAUGGACAGCCCUCAAAAAGUCUGAUCCUAAUGUUCAAGCCUUCCUUUCCAGCUUUGAAACCCCCGAGCCCCUGGAACCGCGCCAGGCCUUGUAUGGCGGCCGUACCAAUGCUUUGACAUUGCGGUAUGUAGCGCAACCCGACGAGACAAUAGGCUAUGUAGAUUUUACAUCCCUUUAUCCUCAUGUAAUGAGUUCCUCAUGCUAUCCUAUAGGGCAUCCAGAAAUUAUUCAUCGGGAUUUUGACUUACCCCAAAACUAUUUUGGUCUGAUCAAAGCAACAGUCUACCCUCCUAGGGGUUUGUUUAUACCUGUGUUGCCUUACAGGGGCCCUCAAGGAAAACUUUUCUUUCCCCUUUGUCGCACAUGCAGUGAAAACAUACAGCAAACCCCAUGUGAUCACUCAGAUCAAGAAAGAGCCCUGACAGGGGUGUGGGUCACAGUUGAAUUCUCUAAGGCUUUAGAGAUGGGGUAUCGUGUGGCCAAAAUCUUUGAAGUAUGGAACUUUACCAAGAAAUCAGACACUCUUUUUAAAGAGUACAUCAAAACCUUCUUGAGAUGUAAGCAAAUGGCUUCAGGCUAUCCUGCAUCGGUCACAGAUCAAGAGAGUAAAGACAGGUACAUUCAAGACUAUCACGACAGAGAAGGCAUCCUUCUUGACCCUGACAGAAUAGAGGUCAACAAAACCAAACGAAAUGUGUCGAAAUUGUACUUAAACUCGCUUUGGGGCAAAUUAGCGCAGAGGUGUAACAUGCUAACAACGUCGAUUAUUAAAGACCCGGAAGAAUUUUUGGAAUUUGUUUUUUCGGACCAAUACGAAAUUUCACAUUUUUCAUUCUUGAGUCAAGACAUUGCCUUGGUGCAAUGGCGACGUAACAAGAAGUGGGUUCUACCUCCGGGUAAUGUAAAUGUGUUUCUUGCAGCAUUUACCACGGCCUAUGGCCGACUUGAACUGUACAAGCUCAUGGAGCAGCUUCAGAGGCGGGUUCUUUACCACGACACAGACUCUGUGGUCUAUGUAAGCAAACCGGGGGAUUGGAUCCCCCCACUCAGCAACUAUCUGGGUGGCUUAACGAGUGAACUCGCAGAGGGUGACCAUAUCACCGAAUGGUCCUCCUGUGGUCCUAAAAGCUAUGCUUUUAGAACUAAGGACAAUCACGUGGUUUUGAAAGCCAAAGGCGUGACUCAAAACUAUGAAAAUGCCCCGCGUGUAAACUUGGAAUCAAUCACACGCUUGGUCGAGGGGUUCCUAAAUGACAGGAAUAGUGACUUGGAGAUUUUGAGCUCCUACAAAAAGAUUGUUAGAGAUAAAAAGGGCUUCCAUCUGAGGAAUGCCCCACUCACUAAAAGAUUCAGGGUUGUCUAUGACAAGAGACGGCUUUUGCCUGACGGGACCACAUUGCCCUAUGGCUACUGACUUAUGCUACAUGCAGCAGUGUGUCAGGCGUGACUCAAAACUAUGAAAAUGCCCCACGUGUAAAACUUUGAAUCAGUCACACGCUUGGUCGAGGGGUGCCUAAAUGACAGGAAUAGUGACUUGGAGAUUUUGAGCUCCUACAAAAAGAUUGUUAGGUCUAAAAAAGGGCUUCCAUCUGAGGAAGGCCCCCACUUACUAAAAGCUUCAGGGUUGUCUAUGACGAGAGACUGCUUUUUGCCUGACUGGACCACAUUGUCCCUUUGGCUACAGACUUAUGCUACAAGCUACAGGGUGUCUUAAAGCUUAAGAUAUAAUGACUGCUGUAGAAGGUUUUGACCCCCGGUUGCAACUACCAUUUUCGGCCUUAAUCGCAGGGCCUUCGAAUAGUGGUAAAACUUGUUUUGUAAAAAGUAUUUUAGAGAAUUCUGAACAUGUGUUAUCUCAAAAGCCUGAUAAUGUUGUGUGGUGUUAUUCUUGUUAUCAACCUCUGUAUGAUGAAUUGUUGAAGACAAUAAAAAUCAAGUUUGUUGAAGGAA